AUGUCCAUCGAUCUGAAUUGGGAGACAUUGACCACUGGUCCUGAUGGAGCUGCUCUAGCAGAAAGGAUCCGGGACUUUGUGCACGAAAAGUUCCAGACUGUGACUCUGCCGCGCUUCAUCAAAGGGGUCAAAGUCCAUGCCUUCGAGUUCGGCUCCAUCGCCCCAGAAGUCGAAAUCAAAGACAUAUGUGACCCACUACCUGAUUUCUACGAGGAAACAGAAGACGAUUACGGAGAAGAAGAUGAGGAAAAUGACCAGAAUGGUGAAUGGGAAGCAAAGGCAACUGACGAGGAGACCUUAAGAGAACGAAGACGGAUGGAUCGAGUCGAGAGAACGAAUGGGCCUUCACAAGUCACGCAUUAUCCACCUUAUAUUGACACACGACUGCCAGGAAUGAGAUCGAUGCAGAAUCCUGGGGAUAUCGGAAGUCCGUUCUUAGGUGUCAGCACUCCCGGAAUUCCUGGCGGGACAUCAAAUCUCCAUUAUUUCCACUCGCAACUAGCGACUGGAUUGUCCGGUACUCAGACACCACUUGCUGCAGUAGCAGGUGCACACUUACCACAUGGUUGGCCUGACUACUCGAAUCUCCAUACAGGGAAUCGUGGCCAUCGACACACAACCAGCGGUAGCUCCAUUUCGCCACCCCCAACCGCCGAUGGACAGGCGCAAGCACUACGAGAGAAGGCAAGUGUUUCUACAUUAGCCACAUCAAACUCAACGACGAGACCCCAAACCAGAGAUGGUAUCUUUGAGGAAACUAUUGAAGAAGAACCUACAUCACCUCCUCGAAGGUUUCGUGAACCGAAGGUCGAAGACCUUCAAACAGUGUUUCGGGUACGAUAUUCUGGCGAUGUAAGGUUGUCUUUAACAGCAGAGAUCUUACUGGACUAUCCUAUGCCUAGUUUUGUUGGGAUACCUGUCAAGCUAAACAUCACUGGAUUGUCGUUCGAUGGAGUUGCUGUAUUGGCAUAUAUCAGGAAGCGUGCCCAUUUUUGCUUUCUAUCACCCGAGGAUGCGUAUGCAACGAUUGGGGGAGAGAAUGAAGAUAUCAACAGUCCGAAUGGCAUGAAAAUGGGUGGGCUGUUACACGAGAUCAAAGUCGAAAGUGAAAUUGGGCAAAGAGAGAAUGGAAAACAGGUCCUGAAAAAUGUUGGAAAGGUAGAAAAGUUCGUGCUUGAACAGGUUAGGCGCAUAUUCGAGGACGAGUUUGUGUAUCCGAGUUUCUGGACAUUCUUAGUUUAG